AAUCGUAGUUACUUCCCGGUCUAAAAAAUCAAAGUCCCCGCCGUUGCUGCUGUUUGGUGCGAAAUGCAUUUAUGGAUAUUUUGGCUGUCCCAAGCGGCCACGCCCCCAAACGGGAGGAGAGAGAUUACAUUCGGUGUGGGUAGAUGUAGUCUUUGAACCGUAAUCGAUUAGAACAGCACUCGUGCUCCACAAGAAUAUAACACAGAGAACACCGCAGAUUAAUAACUGUCCCAUUUUCUCUGUCAGUGACACUGUUCAGUCACAGUGCAUUUAACUUCCGCUGUUUGUUGAAAUGGCGCAGCAAGGAAUUCAGAUGGACCAGGAAAAACUCUGCUGUUCGAUCUGUUUGGAUCUACUGAAGGAUCCAGUGACUAUUCCCUGUGGACACAACUACUGCAAGAACUGUAUCAAAGGCUACUGGGAAGAAAAGUGUCAGAAGAAAAGACACAGCUGUCCUCAGUGCAGACAGACCUUCAGAUCAAGACCUGUCCUGGUGAAAAACACCAUGUUAGCAGAGUUAGUGGAGGAACUGAAGAAGACUGGACUCCAAGCUGCUCCAGCUGAUCACUGCUAUGCCGGACCUGAAGAUGUGGCCUGUGAUUUUUGUACUGGGAGAAAGCGAAAGGCUGCAAAAUCCUGUCUGCAGUGUCAGGUGUCUUCCUGUGAGCAGCACCUCCAGCCACACUACGAUGUUGCUCCAUUAAAGAAGCACAAGCUGGUAAAUCCAUCAGCAAAUAUUCAAGAGAACGUUUGCUCUCGUCACAGUGAGGUAAUGAAGAUUUUCUGCCGCACUGAUCAGCAGUGUAUCUGUUAUCUCUGCUUCAUUAAUGAACAUAAAGGCCACGACACCGUCUCUGCUGCAGCAGAAAUGACUGAGAGGCAAAAAGAACUUGGGGCAAGCUGGCAAAAGAUCCAGCAGAGAAUCCAGGACAGGGAGAAAGACGUGGUGGUGCUUCAGCAGGAGGUGGAGGCUAUCAAUCACUCUGCUGAUAAAGCAGUGAGGGACAGUGAUGAGAUCUUCAAUGAACUGGUCCAUGUUAUCAGGAAAAGAAGCUCUGGAGUGAAGCACCUGAUCAAAUCUCGACAAAAAACCGUAUUGAGUCGAGUCAAAGAGCUUCAGAAGAAGCUCCAGCAGGAGAUCACUGAGCUGAGGAGGAAAGAUGCUGAGCUGGAGAAACUCUCACAAACAGAGGACCACACUCAGUUAUUCCAUAAUUACCCAUCACUGUCAAAUCUCACUGAAUCUACAAACUCACCCAGCAUCAACAUACGUCCUCUGCGAUGCUUUGAGGAUGUGACGGCGGCUGUGUCAGAGGUCAGAGAUAAACUGCAGGACAUCCUUAAAGAAGACUGGUUGAAGAUCUGUAUGAACCACAGAUCGCUGACAGAUACUGAUGCGGACGUUUUACUGCCACCAGCAGAGCCCAGGACCAGGGCUGAAUUCUUACAAUAUUCACCACAAAUCACACUGGAUCCAAACACGGCUCACACAGAGGUGUCACUAUCUGAAGGGAACAGAAAAGCAACAAAUAUGGAAGUAUCUCAGCUGUAUUCUCCUCACCCGGACAGAUUCACUGACAUGUUUCAGGUCCUGAGCAGAGAGAGUCUGACCAGACGUUGUUACUGGGAGGUGGAGUGGAGUGGAGGAGGAGUUUCAGUAGCAGUCACAUACAAGGACAUAAACAGAAGAGGAGAUGAAAGUGGAUUUGGAAACAAUGAUAAGUCAUGGUCGUUAGAGUGUCCCCUCUUUGGUAAUUAUCAUUCAAAACAUGACAACAUCAGCACUCCUGUCUCAGGCCCUCAGUCCUCCAGAGUAGGAGUGUACCUGGAUCACAGAGCAGGUGUUCUGUCCUUCUACAGCGUCUCUGAAACCAUGACUCUCCUGCACAGAGUCCAGACCACAUUCACUCAGCCUCUCUACGCUGGACUUGGGGUUGAUUAUUUUGGAUCCACAGCUGAGCUGUGUGAGCUCUACUAGACACAUGCUACUGAAAUGUAUUUCCCCCAGGAAACAGAUGACAUUUCACAUCACAGUGACAGAGCAGUUGAUGAUAGAAAUAAACAUUUAUUCCUAUAUAAAUGUAUUCUGCUGUAUGUUGUGUAUCACUCUUUCUUUUCCAUUACACGGCCGAGA